UUUAUUAAAUUGAAUCAUCCAUGGCCCCUCCAGAGAAUCUCAUGACAUGUUACAUUUUUGGGCUGCAGUCUUCUGACUAGCAACAGCCAUUAACUAAGUGGGUAUAACACAAUGGUAUUGUGAGCCUGUCAAGUCAGACUAAAUAGCAUAGUACUGGGGUAGUUUAUUGAGAAAGGUUUGCACACUUGAGAAGGAAAAAGUGAAUAAGGAAAAGGGUAGAAUUCUUUGCUUCUGUUGCUUUUCAUUUCUAGUAUUCAGUUGAAUGAGUGGCCCCAAGAAGGAUAUCCACAGCUGGUUCUUCCAACCUCCAAUGACACUGCAGAACAAGGUGGUUUUGCCCUCUAGAGGGAGGUAUACCAUCACCCUCCAGUUGGCAGCUGUGGUGUGCUGUGUGACGGUAUGCGGUGGGACCCCUGACCCCCGUCAGAGGGAGACGAUGAUGCACCAGGAGGCCUCCAGACAGAUAGGGGGUCGUGUGCAUCUGACAGGUGCAGAACAGCGGCUCGACGCACACCUUCGCAAGCUAAAAGAACAAGAGAUGGCUGCGGCCCAGUUCCCUCCUGCCUUUCACUUCUUCAAGGCACGGCCCCUCAUCCAUAAGAGUCCCAUCUUUAGCCUGCUGCAAAGGAUGCCCAAGGGGGCAGCUCUCCACAUCCACAGCUCAUCCCUGGUGAGUGUUGAUUGGCUGGUGAAGAACAUCACAUACAGGCCCCAUUGUUACAUCUGCUUCACAUGGGGCAGGUCUGUACGGUUUGUCUUCUCUAGUCGCCGGCCCUUCCCUACCUGGGACUGCCUCUACUGGCAACUGUUGAAGACCUUGAGAGCCAACAUGGUGGAUCCUACAGACUUUGACUACAGCUUGAUGCAGAACCUCACUCUGUUCACUGAGGAUCCAGACACUACCUACCCGAGCCAGGAUGCAGUGUGGGAGAGGUUUGAGAUGGCAUUCGUGGCCAUAGCUGGGCUGGUCACCUACGCUCCUGUGUUUAAAGACUUUCUCUACAAGGGCUUAGAACAGCUGUUUCAUGACAACAUCAUGUACCUGGAACUAAGAACUGGACUAUCAAGAACAUAUGAGCUGGAUGGAAGCAUCCAUGAUAAAGCCUGGUCCCUGAGGACUUAUCAGGAAGUCACUCAACAGUUUGUGGCUGAACACCCUGGCUUUCUGGGAGCUCGACUCAUCAUUUCCGUCCAUAGGCUUCUAAGUGUGUCUGAUGUUAAAGCAGCUGUAAAAGAGGCCAUUCAGAUGCAGAAGGAUUUCCCAGAGUUUGUUGCAGGAUUCGACCUGGUUGGCAGGGAGGACAGGGGAAGACCUCUCUGGUUCUUCAGGGAGGCCUUAUCUCUACCUGCAGAGCUUGGAGUCACGCUGCCAUACUUCUUUCAUGCAGGAGAGACUGACCACGAGGGCACUGAAGUGGAUGAAAACAUUCUGGAUGCCCUACUGUUCAACACCACACGUAUUGGGCAUGGGUAUGCCUUGGCACACCACCCACUGGCAAAGGAGCUCUCCAGGAAUAGAAACGUGGCCGUGGAAGUAUGCCCCAUCUCAAACCAGGUGCUGAAGCUGGUGUCUGACCUAAGGAACCACCCUGCAGCUGUGCUGAUGUCUGAGGGCCACCCCAUGGUGGUCAGCUCUGAUGACCCGUCCCUGUUUGGGACCACUGGGCUUUCCUAUGACUUCUAUGAGGUGUUUGUGGGCAUCGGUGGCUUGAGGGCUAACCUGGGCACUCUCAAGGAGCUGGCCAUCAACUCCAUAAGAUAUAGCUCACUGCCAUCACAGUUGAAGGAGAGAGGGCUGGCCAUGUGGCAGAGGACGUGGGAUAAAUUCAUCUCUGAGAACUCAUACAGUAAUCCCUGAGCAGUCGAGGACGGGACUUCUUCAAAGCCACAAUGUCAAC